AUGGUUGGGUUAACCGGUUUAGCGUUCCGGUUAAAGCUUCCGGUAAAUUACCGGAUAUAUAACGUAUUCCCGGCAAAUUUGUUGCGGGCGUUUAAAAAAAGGCCCGGCAAAAAACCAAAAAAUAAAAAACCAAAAAUCGAAGGAAAAAAAAAGGAUCGUUUUAAGGUGGGAAAACCUCCAAAUGGUACGGCGGACGGGCUUAAGCGUUUAAAUAACGGCAAAUGCAUGUUAGCGGUAUUUAAAUUUAUUGGGGGGCGAAAAAAAAGCAUUUUAAAAUUAUUUAUUGGGGCAUUAAAAUUUAGCUGGUAA